UUUUGUUUGCCGAAUGGGUUGGUUUGGAAUUGGAAAAAAUACUCCAAAAGGCCAAAUACAUCCCAGAAGAGGUCCAAUUUUGCAGAUGAAAGUCCAAUUCUUCAUGAUGGAGGUCCAAUGCUUUUUAUCAUUCAGGGAUUCGAUUUGACCUCGUGUUGGAAUGGGCAAUGAGAUGGCGAUACGUAUAAGAGGCAAUUGAUGUUAAAAGACCGAGCAUCACCCACAACCAUGUCCCCUAUCGCUCUCAACCAACGCACUGGUGUGUCCACCACCCACCUCAAAUCCAGCGUCGCACCUACCCCUAUCUCUACAGCCGCUACCUCUACUUAUCAGCUCCACCACACCGUCCCCAACCCUGUAGCCACCAAAGGUGAUGGCAUGCACUUUACUCUUACCACUGGUGAGACCGUACUCGACGCCGCCGCAGGUGGAGCUGCCGUCUCUUGUUUGGGUAAUGGGAACUCUGAAGUCAUCGAGACCAUGUAUGAACAGGCCAAGAAGAUGGCUUAUACCUACCACCAGAGUUUGGAUGCUGAGGGUAGCGAAAAGCUUGCAAAAUGGUUGUGUGACAGGAGUGAAGGUGCUUUGGUAGCUGGUGCUUUCUUGAACUCUGGUUCGGAAGCCAUCGAAGCUGCCAUCAAAAUGGCUAGGCAGUACUGGGUGGAGGCAGGCAAGCCCGAGCGCAAAUACAUCAUUGCGAGGUUCCCAUCUUACCAUGGUAACACCCUCGGUGCCCUCGCUAUCGGCAAUGCCCCCGGUCGUCGGGACAUCUACAAACCCCUCAUCUCCAUGAAUGCCUUCCAUCACGUCACUUCUCCAGUAUACAAACGUUACGCCCAGCCGGGCGAAACCGAAGAAGCCUAUUCAGCCCGCUUGGCUGAUGAGCUCGAAGCUAAAAUCCUCGAACUUGGACCUGAGAAUGUCAUCGGUUUUUUUGCUGAACCCGUCGUUGGUUCCGCUCUCGGCGUCAUGCCCCCUCCAAAGGGCUACUUUCCCGCGAUGGACAAGGUCAUCAAGAAGUAUGGGACGCUCUUCAUCAUGGAUGAGGUUAUGAGUGGUUCGGGGCGGGUCGGCCAGUUGUUCGCGCAUCAAGCUGUAGGUGAAGGGGUAAAACCUGAUAUCGUAGCUAUCGCCAAGGGUCUUGGAGGGGGGUAUGUUUCUAUCUCGGGUGUGUUUGUUGGUCAACGUGUAGCCGAUAGGGUAAGGGAAGGUGGCCAAUGGAAAAAUAGCCACACAUACCAAAAUCACCCUAUUAACUGCGCUGUUGCAGCUAAGGUUAUGGAGAUUGUCGAGCGGGAGAACUUGUUGCAGAAUGUGAGAGAGAGGGGUGAACAAAUCCUGGAAGAAUUGAAAGAGGCUGCGAAGGGGGUGCCUACCAUUAUUGAUGUUCGAGGCAAGGGACUGUUUAUCGGUGUCGAAUUCGAUGGCCCUUCUUCUCUCAAACCCCGUUUUGCAUCUCGCGUUAAGGACCAGGCGUUCAAGAACGGCCUCAUUGUCAUGGGUAUCAGCGGUACCAUUGACGGUGUAGAAGGUGAAACCACCAUCAUCUGUCCUGCAUACACUGUGACCAAGAAGCAGAUCUCUGAGAUUGUUAGGUUGUUGGUGAAGAGCAUCAAGGAGGUUGUUGAGGAGCUUUAAACCUUCUAGUGCCUUUUAUUUGUUAAUGUUUUCGGUUGUACAUGUAUCAAUUGUUGAACAAA